AUGUCACGGUCUUUCUACGUAGACUCGCUCAUAGUGAAAAAACCUGCAGUGUCCCGACAAGGUUCCUCCCCUCUCUCCGCCCCUGCACCCCACGCCUCCACCGUCUUGGGGUCCCACCACGCCGCCCUACUUGCCCGCGCCCACUCAGCCUCCCUUCACCCCUCAUCCCCCCACCACCCUCACCACAGCAUGCCCACCCCGGGUAUCGCCUGCUAUUCCAGACACCCUGCAGAACUUCUGGGAGCCCUGUGCUGCCCCUUGUGUGUCCACGCCCCCACCCCUAACCCUACCGGACUCACCCCUCACAGCUUCGCUGCGGCUGCUGCUGUGGCCGCUGCUCACAGCAUGACGUCAUCUAGUCCAGUGCUGACGUCACACCCGUCCUCACCCGUUAUGCAGACCCAUCACAGACUACAAAUGACCGGCUCCGUGUCACCUCCCACUCUGACAUCACCGUACCCCCACAGCCACCCGUACCCCCGGCCAGAGGUCACAACCCCGAGGCUGGAUUCCUCACCGGGUGGGGGUCAGGGUAGACAACCCACAGACCACAGGGUGUCUCCACCAGGUUACUCCCCCUCCCCACCCAGCGGCGACCUCCCCAGGAAGAGAGUCAAGUGUUCAGAGCCCAGUGUGAACGGCCCUUCCGAUGAUCUACCGUCCUCUAAGCGCAUGCGCACAGCCUUCACCAGCACCCAGCUCCUAGAGCUAGAGAGAGCUUUCGGUACCAACAUGUACCUGUCUCGUCUGCGCAGAAUCGAGAUAGCCACCUGCCUAAAUCUCUCGGAGAAACAGGUCAAGAUCUGGUUCCAGAACCGUCGAGUGAAGCACAAGAAAGAGGGUCAAGAUGGCGACAGACACAGCUCCGUUGGCUGCAGGUGUCUUCGCUCGUGCUCCAGUAACUCAGGGAGGAAGAGGGAGGACAUCUCUUCAACCUCCUCGUCCUCCUGCACGCAGAUGAGCGGUGGUGGUGAGGGAGAGGAUGAGGAAGAGUAUGAGGAGGGCGACAGAGGGAGUGGAUCGGAGAGCGAUGACGUAGACUGUGGCGACAGCAAAGAAGAGCUCGUGUCUGGGUGUGACCUGAACUUCCUAAACAACUCAACAAUGAAGGAGAGGCUUACUUCUUACCCAAAUAUAAGUGAGGCCUCCAGUGUCGUUAGAGACGCGGACUCACUUUACAUACGUGUAGAUCAGGAGAAGCACAUCCUGAAGACAGACGAAGCCUUCAACUCUAAGAUACCGCCAUCAGCUCUCCAGGGCUUAACAGAGAUGAGUAACGGUCAUCCUUUCGUUCCUCAAAUGAAAGAACCACUCGCGUCUUCGCAGACGAAUUUUUUCAGAGGUGAGCCCAGCACAGGAAAUGAUGCCAUCACAAAUAGUACACAGAGUUCUGCCGUGACCUUGACUUACGGGCGGUCUCCGUACGGUCAUAGCGGUGAGAAUCUGUGUGAGUCUACAGUGAGUUGAGGAGACAGAGCGGGGAGAGAAUAGAGACAGAAAACAAUUUGCCGAUGAGUCAAGGCAGAAAAGAUAUCAAUAAAAAAUGAGACAAGUACUCGUUCAUUAUUUCGUUAGGUUUUAUACAUUUGUAAAUAGCCAAGCUCAGUUAUUACCAAUCACAUCUAUCUGGUGUCUGUGGUGCAGCGGUUAGGUGCUUGGCCGUCGCAUACAGAAGACUUGAGUUCGAUUCCUGUGUGUGGAAAAUUUCCAUCGAGUAUAUAUAUGUCUUUCUACUGGGACUUUGUAUCCCAAGAUUGUAUAUGCAGAGGAGAAUAUUUUUAAAGAGAAAUAGGAGAAAUAACGAUCAAGAUGGAUUGAGGCAUUUUAGUUUUAGUAAGAAUUUUACGGCACUCGCAACACAAGAAGGUCAUAUAAGUG